AUGUACCGACGAUUACGUUCAUUAAUCAAGAACCUUGCCAUGGCUACAUCAAACAAAGAGGGGUCUAAGGUUGUGCAACAAACUCCAGUGCAAACUGUUACCAAUGCAAAUCACACAGAGUCAUCCACGUUCAACUACACCAGUGAAGGAAAAGCAACCAUUUUGACUCCGAAAAAAGAUGAGGUGUUUUACAACCCGAUUCAACAAUUCAACAGAGACAUAUCUACAUUAUCCAUAAUAGCAUACGAUCAACUCCGUGCUGAGCAAGAAGAAUUGAAGAAUAAAAACAAAAACAAGAAACGUAAAUUGCUUGGAUUAACCAUUUUGGAAGCAUUAUCGGCCUCGGGGUUGAGAUCGUGUCGGUAUGGAUUAGAGAUUCCCCACGUUUACAAAAUUGUAGCCAAUGAUUUAUCACCCGAUGCAGUGACGUCAAUUAAUAGGAAUAUCGAACACAAUAAACUUACGGGCAAAGUUAUUGCCAAUCAAGGCGAUGCCAUCAAGUUUAUGGCGUCAACCACGAAUAAAUUCAAUAUUGUUGAUCUUGAUCCAUAUGGAACUGCAUCUCCAUUUAUUGACUCAGCAAUACAAUGCAUAGAAGAAGAUGGAAUGUUGUUGGUUACAUGUACCGAUGCUGCUGUGUUGGCAGGGAGUGGAUACCCAGAAAAAUGUUUUGCCUUGUAUGGAGGUAACAAUUUCGGCAACUCUUAUAUCAAUAGUGAAACCAAUCAUGAAGUGGGGAUCCGGUUGAUGCUACAGUCCAUUGCAUCUACUGCUGCCAAGUACAAGAAAUCAAUUGAACCAAUGUUGAGUUUGAGUAUUGAUUAUUAUUUCCGAGUGUGGGUCAAAGUGAAAACGAGCCCCAUUAGGGUGAAGAAUGUGGCCAGUGAAACGAUGUUGACUUUUGGAUGUAAUGGAUGUGGACAUAAAGUUGUACAGCCAUUGGGAAUCAGAAACGAUAAUAAAUAUGUCUACCCAAAACUUGUGGGUCAAGCCAAUAGUCACUGUCAAUUUUGUGGUAGUACGUAUACUGUUGCUGGUCCCAUGUACGCUGGUCCCUUGCAUAAUCAAAACUUUAUCAACAAGAUCCUUAACAUUAAUCACAAAUGCGAUAAGCAAGUAUACAAGACGUCAGAACGUAUAAAGGGAAUGUUGACGUUGGCACAAGCCGAAUUGGAUACAGUGCCAUUUUUCUACAAUUUGAAUCAUUUGAGCUCGAUGUUUAAAUCACCACCAAUAUCAAUCGAUGAAUAUAGCAAAGCAGUGGGGAACUUGGGUUAUAAAUUGAGUUUAACGCACGCGAAAAAGAAUUGUAUAAAGAGUGAUAUACCAUGGGACAAGAAUCUUGAAAUUAUUCGUCAAUGGACAAUAAAACAAAACAAGGCCUACAUUGAAGAAAUGAAGUUGAAAUUGGCGUCUGAGGGUGUUUUGAAUGAAAAGAUUACUGAUAAGUUGGUCCGUUUGGAACAAGAUGUAACCUAUAGUCCUAACUUGAAUGAGAAAUCGGUGGGUGCACAUAUUCUCAACUAUUUUAAAAAGAAAGAGAAUGAAGGAACAAAUGAAGCGGCAACUAAUGAUGAUGAUGGUGCUAUUGAUUUUGACACUUCUAAUGAUGAAAGUGAUAAGAUUCUGCAAUUGCGCAAAGUGAAGAUGGUUAGAUUUCAAGAAAAUCCAACAAAGAAUUGGGGUCCCAUGGCAAGACCAAAGUAG